AACUGACCGACGUUUAUAAUAAAUUAAAAGAACGAUAUUUAGAAAAUUAGUUUAUGAAUUUUUAUAAAAAUAGUUCUCAAUUAAACUGCCAGCUUUUUUUUCGUACUUACUUCUGGACACUUUCCUUCAAACUAAACAAUUUUUUAAAUAAAUACGUAUCGAAGCAUGGUGCCUAUUUCUCGUGUUACGUGUAGCCGUAGCAUGUUGAAGAGCGGUGAAGUCCUUUACAGACCAUCAGUGAGGUUAGAGUAGGAAUGAAAAUAAGUCCGGCGUUUUAUGUUAAUGAACACGUUAUAAUACAUUUUUCAUAUUUUCAAACAUCUAAGCAAUUAUCCGGUUUUAAAUUAGAAAAUUGGUAAGGGAAAAGAGAAAAUAGGACCGAACUUCAUCUGCAAUAAGUAGGUGUAUAAUCAGAAUGUCUGAGCAGUACGUGGGUUGUACAGUUUCUGUAAAGUGCAUUGAAGAAAUUGGAACUUAUCAAGGGCAGAUAGUUGAUUUGAAUAAAGAUAGUGUUACACUUUCAAGAGCUUUUUGUAAUGGAGUGCCACAUACUUCACCUGUAGUGUUAAGUACAAAGGAUAUAUUGGACGUAGAAUUUAUAGCAAUUAAUGAUCCAGGAUCUAUUGUCAAUGAUAACAACCAAGCACAAAAUAAGGUAACUGUGAAAAGACCUAUUGCCAAACGAGCUGGCAGGUCUUUUUCAGAAAGUGUUUCAUCUUCUGUUCAGUCCACAUCUUCACAACUUCAGUCUAAUUUCAAAAAAGCAGACGCGAAUUCUCAGUUUAUCAUAGAACAAUCUGCAAACGGGAAGAUUCCAUUAGUAGAAUCUGUUAAUAAACCAAUGCAAAAGAGAUUAAGUCAUAGGCAACGAGCUUUGGAACGAGAUGAACACACAUUCGGUACUCCAAUUGAUCAGUCCUUGAGUCAAGAUUUUGACUUCGAAAAGAAUUUGGCUUUAUUUGACAAAGAGGCUGUAUGGCAGGAAAUAAAUUCUCUGAAACCUGAUAUAGUCAGACAAUCGGAGAAUAACAGAGGUACCAGUGGACGAUAUAGGCAUGAUGAAAAUGUUAUUGUCGCUGAACCUACAGUUUUUAGACAAAUAAUAGUACCUAGCGCGGGCGAAAAAGAAUACGUAACAGAUAACGGUUUAGUAAUUCCUAGCAUUACUCUCAAUCUUCAUCGUCAAUUAAUAGGAGCAGCCGAUCGGUUUGGUAUCAGUUGGGAACGCAGAGUAGAACUUCUCGGUCGUGCUGGUGCAGAAAUAAUACUGCAACUACUAGGAGGAAGUCGUCGACUUAAUCCAAACAAUGCACAUCAAUGGCCAACGGUUGUCGCACUCUGCGGAGCUCAUCGUUCCGGUGCUGCGGGCGUUAAUUGUGCUAGGCAAUUAUCUAGUCAUGGGGUUAAGACAAUAGUAUUUGUAGAAAAUUCGGAAGAUGUUUUCCUCUUGCAAGAGUUAUCUUUAUAUAAAUUAACUGGAAACAAAGUAGAGACUAAAGUAAAGAAUCUACCAACAGUAGCGGAUUUGGUACUUGUUGCACUCUGCGACGAGAAUUCGCCGAGAAUGAUUACGCCUGUAGCGAGGUGGGCGAACAGUAACAGAGCGACUAUUUUAGCUAUCGAACCGCCGGCUACUGGAACACCUGGUAUACUUAGCAAAUUUAGUCUACUUGGAGGAUUACCAUUGGCCCAUAGUGUUGACAAUGGCAGAUUAUAUUUAUGUAAUCUUGCACUGCCAAACAAAGUAUAUGCAGACGUUGGUAUAACGUACAGGUCUCCUUUUGGACCGAAGUUUGUCAUUCCUUUGCAUUCCAAUAAUUCUUAGCAAAUUUAAACAAUGAUAAUACUUCAAAUAUAAUAUUUUAAUUUAGCAUAAUUUUAUUUUUAUAUUGCUGAUAUGAAUUUAUACUUGUAAGAACAACUUUCGAAUUUAUUUAAUCGCGGAAAUCAUGUGAAUCAGACGUUUAACGUUAUUAGGUUGAAAUGUAGCUUGUUGCAAUUUACAGUGCGAAUGCACGUGUCAAUGUUUUUUUUAAAUAUCUUCCUGUACAUUGUAUACAAUGAGUGAGCAUUAUAGAAAGAAGGUGAAUAUACAGUGUUUGGUUUUGUAAGUUACAUUAAAAAUUAAAUGCUUUUAAAUAAACAAUAAACACAAGUAAAAAUAGUAUAUUAGUUUUUAAAUAUCAUAAAAUAUGAAACUUAAUCUACUUACACUAUUCAAUUCGUUUUAACGAGUAUGCUGGUUCAUGAUAUGCAUACUAUAUUCUUUUUGCAAAAAAAAACCAAACAAAUACUCUUUACAUUUAAACACCCCGCUUUCAUUUAUAACCGUGGGGUCAUUAUUGAUGAUACUUAAUAAAUACGGAUGAAAGGAACAAAUAAAUUCAUUAACAAAAAAGUUCACCUAUUGGAAGGUCGCAAGCAAAAUUUUUAUCAUGUUUUCUGGAUACUAUAGUAAUCGUGCUACAUAAUAUUUUAAUAGACAUGGAAGUUACUGUAAACGAAGAAGUUUAUUAUAUUCUUCAUAAUAUGUGAUAUAUUAAUAUAAAACAUUUGUAAAGUACUUAUUUAUAGAUUGUUCAUCGUCCAAAUUUUAACUAGCAUGUGAAAUUCUUUAGACUUACAUUAUUCAGAGAUGGAGGUAAACUACAAUUGCUAUAUUUUUACCGCUACAAGAAGCUUGCUUAUCAAAUCAUGGCUUGCACUGAUGUUUACUGAAUAAUGUACGAAAUACGGUAGCGUAAUUAAUUGAUUAGAUGUCAUAAAUGUUUGUAAGAUUUAUUUUAGUUAUAGAUAAGUAAGUUAUUUAUAUUUUAC